GACCGCAGUGACUGCCGGGCCCGCGCGGGACAGAUAACGAUGGCCUCGAGAUUCUGUUCUUGCUACUAAAGUCUCGGGUCGCACGUCCACGUGUGCGUUCGGAAAUUCAGGGCACCAAGCCCCCAGACUGUCCCUUGCGCUGGCCAUCGGGGCCACCUGGGAGGAUUCUUGCACUUUCUCCAGGCCCAAGUGUCCGAGGGUCCCAAAAAGACGGGUCCCGUAUCGUUGCUCCAGGCUCUGAAAUUCAGCUGUCCAAGGUCGGCGGAAGCAGAAAUGGACUCUGGAUCCCAGAAACACUGCAUGGAGUAAUGAUGAUUCCAAGUUUGGCCAGAGGAUGCUUGAGAAGAUGGGGUGGUCUAAAGGAAAGGGUUUGGGGGCUCAGGAACAAGGAGCCACAGAACAUAUUAGAGUUAAAGUUAAAAAUAACAACCUGGGACUUGGAGCUACAAACAAUAACGAAGACAACUGGAUUGCUCACCAGGAUGACUUCAACCAGCUUUUGGCAGCACUCAACACUUGCCACAGCCAGGACACAGCAGAUUCCUCAGACAACAAGGAAAAGAAAUCUUUUAGCCUUGAAGAAAAAUCUAAAACCUCCAAAAACCGGGUUCAUUAUAUGAAAUUCACGAAAGGGAAGGAUCUUUCCUCUCGGAGUGAAACUGACCUGGACUGCAUUUUUGGGAAAAGGAAGAAGAAGAAGAUUGCUCAGGAUGACUGCAGCACCUCCACUGCAGAUGAGGUGGACACCUCCAUGACCACGACCACGACCAGUGCCUUCACCAUCCAGGAGUAUUUUGCCAAGAGGAUGGCCCAGUUAAAGAGCAAGCCACAGGCCUCGACUCCAGGGCCUGACAUUUCAGAGACCUCUGUUGAAUGGAAAAAGGGGAAGAAAAAAGCCAAAGAGGCAGCAGGCACAGAUGUGGAGAACUCUCCCCAGCACAAGGCCAAGCGACACAAAAAGAAAAAGCAUGCAGAAGUGGAGAUGGAGCCUAUAGGCAAGAAGAGAGACCGAGCCAAGCUGCAGUCUGGAGGCCCCAGUGGGGAUGAGUGUUCCGAUGCCUCUGCCGGAGCUGCAGAAGAUUGUGUACAACCACCCGACAGCCAGGAUGAUGCCCCAAAGUCCAAGAAGAGAAAGGCAAAGAAAAAGUUGCAAAGGCCAGGAGGGGUAGCAAUAGACUCUACACCAGACAAGGCACUCAUGAAAAAGAAGAAGAAAGCUUCCAGAUGACCUCUCACCAGCCAGGGCCUCCGACCUGUCAGCACACUGCGGGGCAACCACUCUGGCCUGAAGUCAGCACGGUGAACCCAGGCAGCUCAGCAUCUUCACCAUGCCCACAGGUUGCCAGCUCUCACCUGCUCACCACAUUUCCCCCCAGUCACCUUCCUAAGAGAGCUGAUUUGAAUGUUCUAGAUCAUGACUUUUCAAUAAAUAAAAUAAAUUUCAAUAAACAAAUAGAUUCUUUCUUAUA